UGUGCUUUGUAACUUACGCAUGUGUUGUUGACUUGCAUAUCGUUGCAUCAAAAGACUUGAGAUUGAGUAUCUAGUUAGAAUUUAGUCCUGGGCUUGUAUUGCAAUAUGGUAGACUAAACUAACAAUAUAAAUUAUACAAGUCAUUUGUUUUGAUUAUUGGUGGUUAGGCACAGUGCUACACUGGCUACAUAACAGUAAGCAGAAAAGUAAGUCACUGAUCAAAAAAAAAUUGGCCACAUCUAAAAAAACCCAACUUUUUAGGAAAUACCAUGGACAAAUCUGAGAAAGUCGAUGUUACUGCUGAAAGGAAGAGUACUGCAAAGUUAGAUACUCUUUUAGAAAUAGAGAGAAAUGUUCAAAAGCGAUGGGAAGAGGAGAAGAUAUUUGAAGUGGAUGCUCCUCAGCAAGAUGCUGUAGAUGCUAACCAAGAAAAAUAUUUUGUGACCUUCCCAUUUCCCUAUAUGAAUGGCAGAAUGCAUCUUGGUCAUACUUUCAGCUUGUCAAAAUGUGAGUUUGCUGUUGGUUUUCAAAGGAUGCUGGGUAAAAAGUGUUUGUUCCCAUUUGGUAUGCAUUGCACUGGAAUGCCAAUAAAGGCUUGUGCUGACAAGCUUCAAAGAGAAAUGGAAGACUUUGGUUAUCCUCCUAAAUUUCCAGUUGAGGAAGAAACCAAAGUAGAAGUUGCUGUGAAAGAAAGUGAAAUUGGAAAAGAUAAAUCCAAAUCUAAAAAGAGUAAAGUGGCUGCCAAGACUGGUGGACUAAAAUAUCAGUGGCAAAUCAUGAGUGCUAUGGGACUUACAGAUGAAGAGAUUAAACAUUUCUCUGUUCCAAUGUAUUGGUUAAAGUACUUUCCUCCCCACUGGAUUACAGAUCUGAAACGCAUGGGUGUCAAGGUGGACUGGCGCAGGAGUUUUAUCACUACGGAUGCCAAUCCUUAUUUUGAUUCUUUUGUUAGAUGGAAUUUUUUAAGACUACGAGACAGGAAUAAAGUUAAAUUUGGCAAAAGGUAUACAAUUUUCUCUCCGAAAGAUAAUCAACCUUGUAUGGAUCAUGAUAGAAGCUCAGGAGAGGGUGUGGGACCACAAGAAUAUACUUUGAUCAAAAUGAAAUUAAAGGAACCUUACCCACCUAAGUUAUCGGGAUUGAAAGGCAAACCUGUUUUCCUUGUUGCUGCCACGCUAAGACCAGAAACAAUGUUUGGACAAACCAACUGUUGGGUCAGGCCAGAUAUGAAAUACAUUGCACUGUUGACUAAAUCUGGGGAAGUGUUUAUAACAACAAGAAGAGCUGCUAGGAACAUGAGCUAUCAAGAGAUGACUGCACAGAACGGAAAAACUGAAGUUUUGCUUGAGUUGAUUGGACAGGAUAUACUGGGUUGUCCUUUAGAGGCACCACUGACAUCUUACAAAGUGAUCUACUCCUUACCAAUGCUGACUAUCAAAGAAGAUAAAGGCACUGGGGUAGUAACUAGUGUUCCUUCUGAUGCACCUGAUGAUUAUGCAGCUCUAAGAGAUUUGAAGAAUAAACCACAAUUAAGAGAAAAGUAUGGAAUUAAAGAUGAAAUGGUUUUGCCUUUUGAUCCUAUUCCAAUCAUUGAUGUUCCUGGUUAUGGCAACCUUUGUGCUGUUACAGCUUGUGAUGUGUACAAAGUUAACAGUCAGAAUGACAGAGACAAACUUACUGAAGCAAAAGAAGACACUUACAAGAAAGGCUUUUAUGAAGGUAUUAUGCUGGUUGAGGAAUACAAGGGUCAAAAGGUUCAGGAUGUGAAGAAAAUCAUUCAGGCUCGUUUAAUUCAAGAGAAUGCUGCACUUCUUUACAAAGAACCAGAGAAGUUGGUAAUGUCAAGAUCUGGUGAUGAAUGUGUUGUGGCCUUGUGUGAUCAAUGGUUUCUAGAUUACGGUGAACCAUCAUGGCGAGCACAGGCAGAGGAAGCACUUAGCAAGAUGAACACAUUCUCUGAAGAUGUCCGUAAUAAUUUCAUGUCCACUUUGGACUGGCUGCAUGAACACGCAUGCUCCCGCACUUAUGGGCUUGGCACCAAAAUGCCUUGGGAUCCUCAGUACCUAAUAGAGAGUUUGUCAGACUCCACUAUAUACAUGUCAUACUAUACCAUCAACCACCUACUGCAAGGUGGAGUGUGGGAUGGAUCAAAGCCUGGUCCUGCCAACAUCAGGCCUGAGCAGCUGACCUCUGAAGUUUGGGAUUACAUUUACUUCAAGACAGCACCUUACCCCAAGUCUUGUGGCAUACCUCAGUCUACACUCAACAAACUUAAAAGAGAGUUUGAGUAUUGGUACCCAGUGGAUUGUCGAAUGUCUGGCAAAGAUUUAGUUCCAAAUCACCUGACCUACUUUAUCUAUUGCCACUGUGCAAUGUGGCCUGAUGACAAUACCAAAUGGCCCAAAGCUGUGAGAGCUAAUGGACAUCUUUUGAUAAAUUCAGAAAAAAUGUCAAAGUCAACUGGCAAUUUCUGUACCUUAGAAGAAGCUAUCAAUAAAUUUUCUUCUGAUGGCAUGCGACUAUCUCUGGCGGAUGCUGGUGACCAGGUGGAAGAUGCUAAUUUUGUGGAAAAAAUGGCUGAUGCAGGCUUGCUGCGACUUUAUGCCCUGGUAGAGUGGGUGAAGGAAAUUGUUGAAGAAAAAGUUACUUUAAGGACUGGCCCUGAAAGCAGCUAUACAUUUAAUGAUAAAGUUUUUAUAAGUGAGAUCAACAAAUCUAUAUUGGAAACAAAGAGCAAUUAUGAAAACUAUCUAUUUAAAGCUGCUCUGAGGACAGGCUUUUUUGAGUUUCAGGCAAAGAGAGAUAAGUAUAGAGAAAUGGAAACUUUGGGAAUGCACAGAGACCUUGUUAUCAAGUUUAUAGAGACACAAGCUUUGUUGAUGGCACCCAUUUGUCCACAUAUAGCUGAACAUAUAUGGAUUCUGUUGGGCAAGAAAGAGAGCAUAAUGACAGCUCUCUGGCCACAAGCUGGCUCAGUAGAUGAACUCUUAAUCCAAUCCUCUCAAUAUCUUGCUGAUUGUGCUCAUGAAUUUAGACUAAGAAAGAAAACUCUGUCUGCAGGCAAAGGAAAGAAAGCUGUUGCUCCACCUACUCAUGCAGUUAUAUGGAUUGCCAAGACUUAUCCUCCUUGGCAGAAUUCUGUUCUUACAACUUUACAAGAACUUUAUCAGGCUAACAAAGGUUUCCCAGAUAACAAAGUCAUCUCUCAAGCAUUGCUUGCUAAACCAGAACUGAAGAAGUACAUGAAAAAAUUAAUGCCUUUUGUACAAGUGGCAAAGGAAAAUGUUGAAAAAAAUGGAUUAAAAGCAUUGGCCUUGACGUCAGAGAUAGAUGAAGCUAAUAUCCUCACCAUUAACUCUGCAUACCUCAUUAACACACUGGAGAUUGAAGGACUCGAUGUGAAACCCUCUGAUGGUGCUGAUGAUAAAGUCAAAGAGGAAUGCUGCCCUGGGAAACCAUUUAUUACUUUCUUGACUGAACCUAGUGUCAAGUUGUGCUUCAUCAAUCCUCAACCAUUUAGCAGUUUAUUUGAAUUCAACUUGGAUAUCUUUGAAGGUGACACCCUUGCCAAAGUUGUGAACAGGAUCGCUCGAACAGACAGGUCAAAGUUUAAAGAUCCUGCAGCAUUAAAACUCUACAGAUAUUUAGAUGCUGAAACAGGCUGGAGGAAAAUCCCAGACAUGACCCGCAUGUUAGAGGGAAAAGUAAAUGUUGAUCAAUCAAGUGUAUUUCACAUUGAUAGCAAAUCUAACACUGUCACAGUGUCAGAUAAUGGGUCUAAAAUACCCCUAGGACCAAAGUUGGUUUACUUAAUUAAUUUAUAAAACAGGUUUAAUUAAUUCAAGACUUGUAUUUUAUUUUGGGGUUUACUUUUUAACUUAUUUUGUUCUUAGAUUGAAAUCAUUAUAGUUUUGACUUAAAUGUAAUAUUUGUAUAAUUUACAUAAGUCAAGAAUUAAUCUUUUACAUUGAAUGUAAGAGAAAUCUCUUGUUUGAUUUGUUUUUGUUUAAAAUUCUUGUUAUUAGAUGUUCAACCAUGUAGAAACUAAAUGACCUAUUCAAAUGUCAUGUGAUCACAUUUUCAAAAAAACAAAAGAAGUACAAAUAAUGUUUGCAUAAGUAUAUUAACAAACACAAUCAUAGAGUAAACAAUGAAACAUACUUUGGCUUGAAGAAGACCAUGUGAGUCUGUAUAUGUGUGUGUGUGUGUUAUCUGACAAAGUAAAAACAUAAAACAACCCUGUUGUUAACUUUCAAUGUUAUAAUUGGUUUAGGAAAGGAAUAAACUUAAAUUUGAAAAAAUAAAUAUCUAUGUGUGUGGGGA